UGAACAUAUUGGCUGUAAGGGUUUUGACUAAUUUCUAGUGUCGAGCAUGUGGACCAACAAAUCCAAAUUCGGUCGGCUGUCGUGGCCUGCCGUGCCUUCCGGCAAUUCGCCACGGGUUUCUACUGGAGUAUUCAAACAAGUAGCAUCAUCCGUAAACGGCAUCAAUACUUGCAUUGAAGCUAGAACUGGUAGUCGUCAGAGUAGCACCAGUUGAAAAAUUGUGGUAGUCGUAGUCGUAGAAGUAGUAAUAGUAGUAGUCGUAAUCGUAGUGGUAGCAAUAGUGUAUUAUGCCACAUGGGUGUCUUGUGGAUGUUUGUGAUGCUGGCAAGCUGCAUCAUGGACAGGAUCACAAUCAAAAACUUUAAAACUGGAGCGCUACGUGCUGAUUUGCGCAUGACCUGGAAGCCCCCUGUCGCUGCGAAGUCCCUUGGUCGAAGACGGGGCAGCGGGCUGGGUGAGCACACAGCUGAGGCAAAUCAGAAUAACGCCCAUCCACUGGACAACGCAGCCGUCCUCGAGGAGCCCGGACACAGGAAGAGCGAACGCCAGCACGAGCUCGAGCUGGCCAUAGACGCUGUGGCACAGCGGGCCCAGGAGGUCCAGCACGCAGCACAUGAGGAUGUUCACCCCCGCCGACAGGGCCCCGCCCACGAGGACGACGACCUUGGCGCGGGCGGUGAGGCCGCAGAGGGCCACGAGCGGCUCGACGCCCUCUCUGACCUGUGCCACGGGGACCACGACGGCGAGGCACCAGACGGCGGUCCACGCCGCCAGGCGGAACGGACUCUGGCCCUCCUCCUGGGGAAUCGUGGCUCCACACCGUCUUCAGGCUCCGGCACAGGCACCCCCCGAGGACGAGCAGGAGGGCGCAGGGCGUGCACGACAGCUCGCCCCGCACGCACAGCAUCGCCCCCGCGCAGCUGGCCAGGACGCCGAGCGCCCGCCGGGGCCGUGGCCUCGCCGCGGCGCCUGACGCAGCUCGACGCCGUGCGUGGCCGCCGGGAGAAGAUCGCCCCGACGAGCGACACCACAGCAGGGGUGCUGGCGGAGAGGGCCAUGCUGCUCAGCGCCAGGGAGGCGCUCUUCAGCAUGGCGAUGUUCAGGGAGCUCUUGGCUCCGCUCACGGUCGGCUGCUCGAUGCACGAGGCCACAAGGCCGGUCACUGCCAUCUGGAAGGCGGUCGUGGCGUACGGGUACGGGUACCCAGAAUCGAAGACCUCCCUGACGCACAGCUUCACCACCAUCAUGCCGGCCAGGUACACCAGCAGAGCGACGAAGGACACCACGCCCUGCGCCCGAAGAAGCGGCACCGUGGCGACCAUGAUGCAGGUCGCGAGGAAUCCCAGCGCCAUCCGUUGCGCGGCCUU